UCAUUCCUUUUUCAAGAAGGAAGCCCCGCUCCCUAAGAAGGGGCCCCUCUCUGAUAAGGAAGGAAACGAAAGAAUCUCCAUUUUAUGACAAAUCCGGUCCGAUGGCUGUUCUCCACUAACCACAAGGAUAUAGGGACUCUAUAUUUCAUCUUCGGUGCCAUUGCUGGAGUGAUGGGCACAUGCUUCUCAGUAUUGAUUCGUAUGGAAUUAGCACGACCCGGCGAUCAAAUUCUUGGUGGGAAUCAUCAACUUUAUAAUGUUUUAAUAACGGCUCACGCUUUUUUAAUGAUCUUUUUUAUGGUUAUGCCGGCGAUGAUAGGUGGAUCUGGUAAUUGGUCUGUUCCGAUUCUUAUAGGUGCACCUGACAUGGCAUUUCCACGAUUAAAUAAUAUUUCAUUCUGGUUGUUGCCACCAAGUCUCUUGCUCCUAUUAAGCUCAGCCUUAGUAGAGGUGGGUAGCGGCACUGGGUGGACGGUCUAUCCGCCCUUAAGUGGUAUUACCAGCCAUUCUGGAGGAGCAGUUGAUUCAGCAAUUUCUAGUCUUCAUCUAUCUGGUGUUUCAUCCAUUUUAGGUUCUAUCAAUUUUAUAACAACUAUCUCCAACAUGCGUGGACCUGGAAUGACUAUGCAUAGAUCACCCCUAUUUGUGUGGUCCGUUCCAGUAACAGCAUUCCCACUUUUAUUAUCACUUCCGGUACUGGCAGGGGCAAUUACAAUGUUAUUAACCGAUCGAAACUUUAAUACAACCUUUUCUGAUCCCGCAGGAGGGGGAGACCCCAUAUUAUACCAGCAUCUCUUUCGGUUCUUCGGUCAUCCAGAGGUGUAUAUUCCAAUUCUGCCUGGAUCCGGUAUCAUAAGUCAUAUCGUUUCGACUUUUUCGGGAAAACCGGUCUUCGGGUAUCUAGGCAUGGUUUAUGCCAUGAUCAGUAUAGGUGUUCUUGGAUUUCUUGUUUGGGCUCAUCAUAUGUUUACUGUGGGCUUAGACGUUGAUACCCGUGCCUACUUCACCGCUGCUACCAUGAUCAUAGCUGUCCCCACAAGAAUUAAAAUAUUUAGACUGUCGGGUUGGAAAGCUAAACAUUUAUCUUUGGGUGGCCGCUUGGUUCUAUUAAAAUCUGUCCUGUCAUCGCUGCCUGUUUAUGCCCUUUCUUUCUUCAAGGCUCCGUCAGGUAUCAUCUCCUCUGCUGAAUCUUUUUAA